UCGAUCCAUGAAACCGCCUCUCCCCCUACUGCUUCUACUAGGGCCCGAGAACCAAAGGCACCACCACCCUCCAAGUUCCAGGGCAAAGCGGAGCAAGUGGAGACCUUCAUCCGGCAAUGUGAGAAUGUGUUCUCCAUUGAAAGCCUAUCAUUCACCUCUGAGGAGGUUAAGAUCCGAUAUGCAGGCAACUUGAUGGAAGGAGAGGCAGCGAUCCGAUGGUAUGAGGCAUACCACAACUCAAUUGAUCAAACCUCCGCCAACCGUCUUGCCGGAAUGCCGGUGAUGUUGGACCAGAGAUGGAAGCGCUGUGAUUCCUUUGUGGAUGCUUUUAGAGCAGCCUUCGGUGAAGCCAUCUCUAGAGAUGAUGCGGUAGCCCAUUGGAAUACCCUUACCCACACGGCUCGAGGAGGAAUAGAUCUCUUCCUGAAUACUAUCAUUCAGCUGAUGUGGAAGACUGGCUAUGAGGGUCAGUUGGUGGAUGAUAAGAUCAACAAUUCCCUCCUUCCGGACCUAGGCAUGAGUUGGGCUCUCUUCAAUCCCAAGCCAAAGUCCUUGAUGGAGCGGAUAGCUUGUGAGGGAUGC